AUGGGGGGACAUGGUGGAUUGAACAUCCUUCCACAAAAAAAAUGGAAUGUUUAUAGGAAAGAUGUACAAUAUAAAGUAAACUAUGAUGAAAACAAACUUAUAAAAGAAGAGGAAGCAAAACAUAGAGAGAAAAAUAAAUACGAAUUUGAAAAUACUAUUACUCAAUUGAAAAAUAACAUUUCGAAUAAUAAUGAAAAAAAAAGUACAACUAAACAAAAGGAACAUAUAAAUUUAUUUGCAGAAGAAGAAAAAGAAAUAACCAAAAGAAAUAAAAUGCAUGAAAGUUUUUUAAUUAAAAAAGGACAUUAUAUUUAUAAUGAUCAAAAUUUUAACGGAGUGAAUUGUAUUUAUGAUAAGAAUAGUAAUGCCAAAAUUAUCUCAGAUUUUGAUAAAAUAAAGAAUAGUGAAAGAGAGUGGUUUUUAAAUAUACAAAAAAAAAUGCCUUUUACCAAUAAUCAAAUCCAAGAAUUGAAAAAUGAACAAAGAAAUUAUGACUACAAUAAGUCAUAUAGUAAGUACGAUGACAAAAUUUCUCAAAAAAAUGAUACAUUUCAAAAGGACACACGUGAAAGCAUUCAUAUAAAUAGUUCAUCAAAACGUAUUAAAAAAGACAAAAAUAAAUAUGAUCAUAUCAAGGAACUUAUAAAAUAUAAAAAGAAAAAAGACAAAAAAAAAAAAAAAAGAGACAAAUAA